GAGGUCCGAAAGGUCAUCUGGCAUGGUAAGGGCGAUUAUCUAGCUUCAGUUGCUGUAGAUGAUAUCGCUUCAUCGGUAUAUAUACAUCAGAUGAGCAGAGCUAGAUCUCAGAGUCCAUUCACGAAGAGAAAAGGUUAUGUUCAAUGUGUUGCUUUCCAUCCUUCUCUGCCGCGGCUGUUCGUUGCCACAAGAAUUCAUGUCAGGGUGUACGACUUGGCACGGUGUCAACUUGUCAAGAAGUGUGUUACUGGUGUCAAACAUAUUGCUGCCAUGGUGCCAGACAUUCAGGGAGAAAAUCUUUUUGUGGGUGGACUUGAUCGCAAAUUUGUAUGGCUCGAUUUGCAAUUAUCAUCAAAACCUUGGAAAAGUUUCAAACAUCAUAGCUCAGCCAUCCGGGGCGUGGCUUACCAUAGGAGAAUACAUGUAGAUCUGUUCAAGGAUAAUGAAAUAUAUCCAGUGAAAAGGUUGGAAGGUCAUACAAUGGUGGAUGGUCUGUCAAUGUUAGAUACUGUAUGGCACCCCACUCAACCAUGGCUGAUCACCGCAGGAGCCGACGGAACGAUAGCUUUGUUUAGCUAUUGA